AAUUUUAAAGGUGACAUAUUUGAGGAAACAGGUCUAUUUAGUUGAAUUUUAAAUGCAUGUGUGUUUUUUUCUACCUCAAUAUUUGCUGUUAAACUGGCGACAGAGCUGCAUGCAUAUAUAAAACGACAGUACGCCAUACACAGGUGGUACAUGCAUAACCUUCAUAAUAUGCUGUACCUUGUGGUAGCAUGUGCAUCAUUAAACGAGACACUGACAAUGAUGUACCUACAUAUAGGAGGACGGAGGUUAUCAUCAGCAUGAAAAAGGAACUCGAAUAUUGUUAGCAUCGAAGAAUCAUAUCGAUUGUUGGAUUGGAGAAACUUCUAUUUCUUUUGCCCUUUGGAAAAUAAGUACUGGGAUUCAUUCCUAAUAUCAUAAUAUCCUUAUGCGAUGAACAAUUUUUCAUAAAGAGAGAAAAAAAAAGUUUUUUGGAGCAGUUGAACAUUUGAUGUUUCAUUAGCCGACACCUUUACUCGACAUCUACCUGUUCUGUAAUGUACAGUGUUAAAUGCCAUACAUCAAGAUUUGAUGACUAUUGGAGUACAGGGACGGUGAGGAUUUGAGUCCUGACAGAUUCACCAUAACGCUUAGUGGUUUAGGUGUCACACUUGUUGCUAGAUUAAUGAGGUUAUAGCUGUACAGGAAUCUGACAAUGUAUUACCUGGGCUAGGAUUACAUACUUGUCAGUCCAAUAUUCUACAGAAUCCAAGUCACAAUUUUAACAGAUUGAUUUUAAUAUUUAUUAAGCUGAAAUGUGUUGGAAGUUGAUGUGUGAUCCUUAUUAGGAGAAGCUAUGUGGACACCUGCAGCAUCCAAAACCAUUUGUUGACUUUAUGAUUUGAGACAAUUGGAUAUUGACUUGUGCUGAAUCCUGAAAAUCAAUAGCAGUUUUGAUAAAGGAAAAGUCAGUUCAAUAAUAUUGUUUAUAAUUGCUUGGAGGAACACCAACUGUGUCACCAUUGUAACAAGAAUUUGAAUGAGACUGUUGUCUUAAGCAUUGUUGAGUUUUAGACAUUUAAAAAAAAAAGGUGAUUUGAGAAGAUGUUACAGGGAUUUUAGACAAUUCUGAACUUUAAAUGCGUCAAAGCGAUCAAGCGUGGAUGUAUCCGUGGGAGGGACAAACAGACUGGGAUGCACCCUAUACUUACGUUCUAGGGGACACACCCAUGCCAUACACCCCUACCACCCAGCCUCAGCCUCCUCCCCAACCUCCUCCCCAACCGCCACCCCAACCACCACCCCAACCGAGGGCUGGGAGGAUUGGGACGAGAAUGCAUGUCAACCCAAGGCAUAACUUCAUUUAUGGCAGUAAUACUGAGGAUUUUUCGGUUGGCAUGACGUCCACCCAGCCAAGAAAUUCUUCAGAAUGGCAGCUAUACAGAGUUCUUCAGAGAGCAAACUUACUUCCAUAUUAUGACACUUUCAUAGGUCAAGGUGGGGACGAUGUUCAGCAGCUCUGCGAGGCUGGAGAGGAUGAGUUUCUGGAGAUCAUGGCAUUAGUUGGCAUGGCGAGUAAACCUCUCCAUGUUCGUCGCUUACAGAAAGCUUUACAGGAAUGGGUCUCUAACCCAGCUGUAUUCCAGAACCCUAUGGCUGUAUCAGUGGGUCCACUGUUGGGAUCGUCUAAUGCAGUCAGUGUGACAAUGGGAGGGGUCAUGACACCUGUCAGGGACCCGCCACAGCCGCAGCAAUCGAUCAUCUACACAUCCCAGCAUUCCUCGCCUGUCAGUGCCGCGGUUUGGACACCCCAGCUCCAGCCCGCACAACAGCCACAGCAGCCACUGCAGCAACCACCUGCCCCUCCCUCACAGCCUGUACAACAACCCCCACUGACUCCCAGCCCCCAGCACCAGGUCACCGUGGUCACACCUGUCAAACUACAGCCUCCACCCCAGUCAUCACCAGUCCCACCCCCCAUCAGCAUCAGUCCCGGCCUGACCAACACCCCCACCAGCUCUUCUGGGGGUUCGGUACAGGGCGACUUUAAGGUAGAGAGUUUUACGGUGCCCAUGAGUUCAGAGGCUACCUCUGAACUGUCGACCUCUACAUCACCAGUGCCGACCCCUGUCCUGGUAGAAAGUCAGAUCAACUCCAUAGCCGAAGCUGCCGCCAAACUUGCCCAGGAAUUACCAUUGUUUGAAACCAAAAGACUCAAUAUGAAAAAACUUAUCAACAGAGAAAUCAUGGCAGUCAUGCAGAUGCCUGAAGAUGACCCCAACAGGAUGGAGGAGUUGAGAAAAUAUGCUGCGAUUUAUGGGCGCUUUGACUCAAAGCGUAAAGGCGAAAAGCCGAUGUCUCUACAUGAGAUCUCGGUGAACGAAGCCUCUGCCCAGCUCUGUCGUCACCGGGUGGCGCUACUGACGCGACGUGAAGAUCUGUUUCCGUUAGCCAGACAGAUUGUAAAAAACAGUGGUUACCAAUACUCAAAGGGCCACUCCAGGUAUAAAGCAUCUGAUGUUAUUGUCCCUAUGACAUCAGCCAAGCGAACACGGUUUGAUCCCUUGUACAUCAAGGUAGAAAAGGAGCGCUACACAAACCUGAACCAAGAGUUGUUGCUAAUAACCCAGCGCCAGGAAGACUUAAAAGCCCAGCUCCAGACUGCCAAGGAAACCGGAGGUGUGGACACCGAGGUCUAUAGGUCCAUACAGGUGGAACUUGAACAAACCACGGUUCGUCAGCUACAGCUCCUUUCUGAACAGAACGAGAUCAUACAGAAACACAAACGUCUCCAGGAGGAAGAUAUGCAAAGUGGAAGUUCCUCACCAAGGGGAGAUAAUUCUGGAGACAUGGAUGAGUUCAACUUGAUGGUGCGGUCCCAGUUGUACACAACACAGAUGGCCAGUGGUUUGCUGCAGGAGACUUUAUUUGAUGAAGGCCUCCGUAUUGCUCAGCAGUACGGCAUGGCUGACUUCGCGCAGGAACUCAAACAGAUGCAUCCGACGGGGGAGGAUUCUAACGAAGGAGAGAGUGGGGAGGGGGAGGGAAACACUAAUAGUAAUGGCGUCAAAGCUACAGAGAAUGGACAGUCCCCUAAAAACAAUGGUGACAGUGUGUCAUCCGCAGAAACACCGAAAGUGUUACCAAUCAAACUGGCCACGACCAAUGGCACAGACUUUAAGGUGAAAACUGAGCCUAUAGACCCUGUGGAAAUGAACGGCAGUUGAUAGUUGAUUUUACACUUUGUUACAAUUGUAUAAUUAUUUACAUGACUUACAUUAUUUCAACAUUCCUGAAAUGAGCUUACAAUGCAUUGGGGUGAGAAGGGGAGAAAGGAACUUCCCACCUGUAGGUGGUUGUAGGUAAAUGUAUCAAAUGCUUUAAUAUAUGGACGACAGGAUACCUAAGAUUUUUAUGAUUUUAAACGAGCAUGAGAGAAAGGCGUGUUAAUUAUUGUAUACUGUGAGAAAAGGAGUUUAAUUUUACUUGUUUUUUGGGGAUUACAGGUGCUACUGAUAAAACAACAAUGCUUUGUAUCCAUUUCAAUUUGACUGGCUGGAGUGUUGUUGCACUAUUUGACUACACUUGUUGAGAGAGGAGACCUGUAAAGAGACUGUCCGGUCAGUCAGGUUUGUGGGUGAAUGGAGAAAGAUUGACAGACGUGUAGAAAAGUUGUCUACGUAAAUCCAUUAACUUGUUCACCCCUGAAUUUCAUGAAGGGCUAUUCCAACCUUUGAAUUGGAAGAGUUAAAAUGUGUCUUCAGGGGUGAAUGCGUUAAGACUGUAUUCUGAGAGUGGCUUCGGUUAGAUCUGAGAAUACUUGUACUAUAAAUGUGUGGAUGUUUGUGCAGCUUUCUCUAUUACGUUAGGGUACUUCCAACAUUACCGUAUUUAAAUUUUAUAAUGUCCUUGACCCUUGUUUGGGGUGCUAAGUAAGUUAUACAUGAAUCCUAUGAAAGUGCAUGCAGAAAGACUUAUUUGUUAUUUGGUUGUUUGGUAUUGGUAAUGACUAAAAGACUGUGUUGAAUGUUUAAGUUAUUUAGAAGAGUUUGUUUGAUGACCAGUAGAGUGAUAAUGAUCAAUUUAACUUGCGUUUUAUUGGAGCACGAGUGCUAAUUGCGUCCAAUAUUCACAAUAAAUUCAUUCAUCCAAAAAAUACUACGUUUGAAAUACUGAAUGUACUAUGAUGAUUUCACCAAUGUAGCAACUAUUCCCAAAACACAUCUGAGGAAUUCCAAACCAACACGUGACUUUUUAUUGAUAGCUUGAAGAUGUUUUGAUGUGCGAAUUUCCGAUCUGUUAACUUGCAUGUAUCUCAAUUGUUUCGGUAGAAUUUAAAUCCGUUAUGAUAUUUUUAUCUUUGGUUCUUUCCUUUAUGUCUGUGUAUAACUUAGGUUGCAUUUUGAAUCUGUUGUCAUUAUAAUGCUAAAGUGAACCAUUUUGAAAUGUAAACCAUUUAUUUCUAAACAUUUAUCAUAGUAAACCAUUUAUGCUUAUUAGGUUCGGUUGAUUGCACUAGCAGAAAGACUCAAAACUUGUAAUGUACUGAACAAGAGGUUGGCAAUAGACGAGGGAAGAUUUAUACAGGAAAAAAAUUCAUAUCUACUGUAUGGUCUUAGUCACAGUGUAAAUUAUGUGAAAUCUUUGAAGGCGCUAAAUUCCUAUACUGCAACUUGUAAUUUUCACAGGCUUUUCUGCAUCCCAUUUAUGGUAGUGGUGGGAGGUGGUUUUCCAGGUAAGUCGGUCACCUUUCAGAUUUCCAAGGAUGAAGUAAAAUAAGAAGCAGAGGGUAAAAUGGGAAUUUCUGACAAAGUGCCUCCCACCCGUACUUACCAUAAGUGUAGAAAAUCAAUACCAGUAAGAUGUGCAUGGUAUCGAACAUGUUGAUAUAAAUAUCCAGUCUCAUGAUACACUAAAAGUAUGUCUGUACUCUGUGUAUAUGUAUCCUGAUCAGUGUGGAGGUAUGUGUUCAGUUUCAGUAAUGUUUGUACCUGCAUUGUAAGCAGUUCCUGUUUAAUUUAUUCUGUUGCGAUUAAUUGCCAUGCAUGUGGCCAAGUUUACUGGUAAUAAGCAUCAUGUAUGUGGCCAAGUU